AAAGGCGAAAGCAUUCGAACAGAAGCUCAUGCCGGGUCCCUCUUGUCUGUCUGCGUUUUACGUGUACAUUUAAUGUGAAGGAGGAAGUCGAUGAUAGGGCGAAUUUUAUCUUAAAAUAUGGAUUUCUCGAAAAAAAAUCAUGGUAUUUAAAUGAUGGUGUUUCCUGCGGAUCGUUAGCUGUUCACUAAAGUAAGCCCGAUUUGAGUAUGCCUGGGAGUAUAGUUCUUUGUGUGUGUGGAGGGGGCAGUGGAGCCCAUGCCUUGGCCGGACUGGCCACACAGAAAGGGGUAGAAGUUCGCAUUCUCACGCUCUUCGAGGACGAGGCAAAGAAAUGGAACCGAGUACUUCAGAAGGAGGAGUUAACAGUCGUUAUAAAUGAAAAUAAUCGACCUCCUCGAGAGGUCACAUCUAAACCCAAAAUGGUCACUAAAGAUCCAGAGGAAGCUAUUCCGGAGAGUGACGUCAUUAUAUUUACUGUGCCAGCGUCUGUUCAUGAAAUCUACUUCAAAGCAAUUGCCGAACACGUUGGUAAACGGACUCUGAUCGUUGGACUUCCAGGUCAAGCGGGUUUCGAAUUCCAGUGUCGGGAUCUUCUUGGUGAGAAGGCUUCAUUGAUUUCUAUGAUGUCUUUUGAAUCCUUACCCUGGGAAUGUCGAGUUAAGGAAUUCGGAAAACGAGUGGAAAUAUUUGGAACAAAAAUGUACCUGAGCGGUUCAUUAAUACGAGGGAAAUCCGUGACGAAACCACCGCUGAUGACCUUGCAAAAGUUUCUUGGUUUUCAACCUAUCCUGAGACAGUCCAAACAUUUCCUCGAGACAAUCAUCAUGAGCUACUCAUUUGUUCAUCCCGUGAUAUUUUAUGGUAAGUGGAAAGACUGGGACGGAAAAGCAGUAGCAGAAGCCCCUCUAUUUUACCACGGAAUUGACGAGGCCACGGCGGAGCUGUUACAGAAAUGUAGCGACGAAUGUACGGCAGUAGCUAGUGCUAUACUCGAGGCCGCGCCAACCAAAGCCAACAUGAGUGACGUCAAGGAUAUCCAUCACUGGUACAUGGAGAACUACAAAAACGAAAUAGCAGAAACUGGUGACCUCUUCCAUUCCAUCACCACGAACAAGGCGUAUGAAGGUCUGACACAUCCCAUGACGGAAUCAAGCGGUGGGAUGAAGCCAGAUUUCAAUACACGAUAUCUAACCGAAGACAUUCCCAUGGGAAUGGUCGUGUUCCGAGGUCUGGCCGAUGUCUUAGGAGUUCCAGUUCCCAUCACUGACAUGAUAAUUGAGUGGGGCCAGGAAAAAAUGGGGAAAGAGUAUCUCGUCGGCGGAAAACUCAACGGAAAAGACAUUGAGUUCACUCGCUGUCCACAAAAAUAUGGAUUCUCAACACUAGACGCAAUUCUAACAGGAGAGAAAUCAACUUAAAAAUCUAACUACUGCAAACCUUGUUUAAUCUUAGCAAUCUCCAGAAUCUAUUUAAAUGGCAAAUACCUAUAGAUAAUUCGAAAGGUAGCGCUAUUUGAAAGAUCGCAGAAGGAACGUAAUAUUGUUUAGCGUAUUUUGACGCCCUACGUGCUGUGUUAUUUACAUGACGUGUUAUUUAUAUGGCGUGUUGUGUUAGUUACAUGACGUGUUGUGUAUUUACAUGACGUGUUGUUUAUUUACAUGACGUGUUGUGUAUUUACAUGACGUGUUGUUUAUUUACAUGACGUGUUGUGUAUUUAUAUGACGUGUUGUGUUCUUUACAUGACGUGUUGUGUUAUUUAAAUGACGUGUUUUGUAUUUACAUGACGUGUUGUUAUUUACAUGACGUGUUAUUUAUGACGUGUUGUGUAUUUACAUGACGUGUUGUGUUAUUUACAUGACGUGUUAUUUACAUGAGUGUUGUGUUAUUUACAUGUCGUGUUGUUAUUUAUAUGACGUAUUGU